AUGUAACUCAUGGCUCAAUUUUAGCUAUAAUUAAAAGAGCGAAAGAGGUGAAUAAAGUCGUAAUAACAAAAAAUCUGACUUUGGUUAAAGAUGCAAUUAAAAAAGUAAAAACAUGAUGUUUUUAAAAAAUACUAAAGUAAUCCCACUCUAUGGGAAGAGAAUUAUUUUAUCGCCAAACAAUUUAUUAAAAAUUCCAAAACGCAAUGGUUAUUUAGUACUUGUUCCAGAAAUUGGUGAAGAUUUACCAGGAAAAUAUCCAUUGUUAAAAGAAGAUAAAAGCCCAGAAUUCAAUACUGUUACAAUAGAAAAAUGUGUAGCUGCAAUGGGAAAGCAAGCAUUAGAAUUUGAAGAAUCAAUUAAAACUUUAGGGAAAGAGAUAGAAAAUAUUGAUAAUGUUUCUCCAGACAAUCUGUUCAAAAAUAUAAUAAAUCCUAUAGAAGAAAUGAGUACAUCAUUAAGCAGCACAUGGGGUAUUGCAAAAGUCUUAUAUGUAGGAAAUCAAAGUAAAAUGCCUACACAAUAUUAUAUAAGUAUUAAUAAUCGUGCUAGGAAUGCUUUAGCCAAUAAAUAUGUUAGCAAACCAAUUUAUGAAGCAUGUAAAAGUGUUAUCAAUAACCAAGAAAUUAAAUUGACAAAUGAACAAAGAAGAAUUUUAGAGAAAUUCAUAUUAGAGGGGAAACUAAAUGGACUAGAAUUAUCUGAAAAAGAGAAAGAAAAAUUAUCAGCAUUGAUGACAUUAGUAUCUAAGGAGAUUAAUGAAUAUGCAGGAAGACUACAGAUAGCUGUAAAUCAAUUUAGAUACACAAUAAGAGACCCCAGAUUGGUGGAAGAUUUUCCAGAAGAGGUAUUAAAAUAUAUGGUACCAAAUUCUUCACAGUAUAAACUUGGUCCUUGGACGCUAACUUUAUAUCCUGCUGUCUUGAAACCAUUUAUGGAAUAUUGCCCUGAUCGUGGUUUGAGAUGGAGAAUUUGGGAAACAGAUGUUAGUACAGGAUCUGUAUUUGGUGAUAAAGCAUUACAAACGAGUACAAAAAUUGAAGAAAUUCGUUUCAAAAGAAACGAGCAGGCAAAAUUAUUAGGAUACAAAACAUAUGCUGAUAUGAGUAUGGAAACUAAAAUGGCUGCUAAUGUGGAAAAUGUUCACCAUGUGUUAGACAAUUUACUGACCACAGCUUAUCCUGCUCAAAAAUAUGAAAUUAAAGAACUAAAUACAUUUGCAAAUGAAAGAGGUCUAGAAGGUAAACUUAAACUCUGGGACAUAGCAUUUUGGAGCAGAAAACAGUUGCAGAGUAUAUGCAAAUUCAAGGAAGAAGAUUUAAAAAAUUAUUUUCCUUUACCGAAAGUAUUAUCUGGGCUAUUUGAACUGAUUGAAAUGUUAUUUAAUGUAAAGAUCGUUGAAGGCAAAAAACCAGACGUUUGGCACAAAGAUGUCCGAUUUUUUCAUGUUUUUGAUUUGAAAGAAUCCAGUAGUAAUCCAGUAGGUAGUUUUUAUUUAGAUCCAUAUGCAAGAGAAGACGAAAAAGUUCGAAUGUCAGAAGAGACAGGUUACAUGGUAACAUUACAAAAUAGGAGUAAAAUAAGUGAUGUAAAACCAUUAGCUGCGUUAAUAUUUAAUUUUACACCAUCACUCGGUGAGAAACCUUCUUUACUUUCAUUCAAAGAUCUGCGGACUCUAUUUCAAAAGGUUGGACACAUGUUACAACAUAUAUUAACAACAGUGGAAUAUGCUGAAGUAGCUGGACAUUCAUUUAUGGAGUGGGAUGCAAUGUUUAUUUCUGAUUAUUUCUUUGAAAACUGGUUAUAUGAACCUUUUGUUUUACAACAAAUUUCUGGUCAUCAACAUACAGGAGAACCGUUACCUGCCGAUGCGAUUGAAACAGUGAAAAUAAAAAAAACGCAUUUAGCUGGUUAUAAUCUAUGUAAAGAUCUGUAUUUAUCACGAUUUGAUUUGGAAUUAUAUUCUGGAAGCAAAUUCUGGAAUGAUAUAAUGAAUAAAAUAUGGAAUAAGUACUUUGUAAUUCCACAACAUAAAAGAGACUGUCAUAUCUGCUCUUUUGACUGUAUUUUUAGUGGAGAUCUUGCAGCUUCUUAUUACGGUUUUGUUUGGUCAAAAAUGAUUGCGGCUGAUUUAUAUAGUGCUUUCCACAAUAUACCUUCAAGUAAUAAGGAGUUAUUACAGGAAAUUGGCAGUAGAUUUCGCGAAACGUAUUUAGCUGUCGGCAGUAGUUAUUCUGCGAAUGAAGUUUUCAGAAAAUUUAGAGGAAGAGAUCCUAGUCCAAAAGCGCUUUUGAAAAGUCUUGGCUUGGAUGUAAAAGCGGGUAUGUUAGAAAAUACAGAUGAAACAAUACGAACAAAUGCGAAAUAAUUUCAGGAGCAAUGAAAUAUAAUUUAUAUAAAAAGGAAUAAUGAACAAUUUAAUUUUUUACUGUAAAAGUUCAUUUACACCUCGAUACAUGGUUCAGUAAUUUCGUGAUAAUCAAGAACUCUUUCGGAAGUUGAAAAGUUCUUUAUUGUUUUGAAUAAAAAAAAUAUUAACUUUCUUUUAAUAUUAAGAUGUAUUGCAUUUCAAAUAUAAAUGUAAAUUAUUUAUUUUAA